GGAAAAUGUGAAAAAAAAACUAAAACAAAACUAAAAGCGUUCGAGUCUAUAGGUAAAAAACUGUUAAAUGUUCUCCAUACUGGCUUCGAUGUAUUAAACCUGGCCUUAUUUUUCUCAUCUAUGCGCAACUAAUUUGCAAUGAUGAGUUAUCAGAAAGGUCUCAAGGAUCCAAACUUGGACAGGCACAACAGCAAAGCCAAGUCCCGGCAUUUCACGGUCAACGGUCUUCUGAGUGCCAAUAACACGCUCCAGCAGCAGCAGAACCAAUACAACCUGCAGCCAUCGAAUGACAGUCGCAACAUCUACAACAAUCCCUAUAUUCCGCCGCAGCAGCAGCAGCAACAGCAGCAACAGCAGCAACAGCUGCAGCAGCAGACGCAGCAGCGCACCGCCCACCUGUUCAAGGCCCUAGCUGCCUCCGCUGGCGGCACCAACACCCUGACCCAUCCCUACGACUUCUCCAACUCAUCGUCCUCUCCCAACGCCAACAAUGAGCACCAGGGAUCAUCCUCGUCGGAAGCGGACAACGCCUUCCUAACUCAUAAUAACGGUGAGUAG